CCCGCCCCUGCCCCUGCUGGUCUCUGCACAUGGAUCAGUCUGCGAUGAGAGCCUCAGCAUCAGGGGGAGAGUGUAGAGUGUGGAAACAGGAAGAGGAGGAAGAGGGAAGAAAGGAGACAGAGGAGAGGAUCGGGUGAGACGAGGUGGUGAGGAGUGAAAGGAAGGAGAAAGGGGAGCAGAGAGGGGAGUGUGGAGCAAAGACGGAGAAGACAAAAGCAAGAGGUAAAAGCUGAGGCUGGUUUUUGCUCUCAGGUGUGAAGUGGAGGGCCUCCCAAACACAGACCAAGACUGGCUGCAUGUAUCACCCAGCAGAGCUGUACUCUGGCCGCAACACAUGGGACUCCUAUCCAGCUGGAGGACCUAACAGAGGACAAUGGGCUCCUGUGAACAGUCACCUCUGGAGCCACACAAACAGAUGCCAAGGAGGACGCAAUCAAUCACAUAAUCCACUACCAAGCCGUCUUUAUAACAGGGGGGACAGAACAGGUAACCAUGUCCAGGAUAAAGGCAUCUCAAAGGGGCACAGAGUACAUCAACGUCCAUGGGAUGAUAAAGAGCAACCGUUUGAGGCCCAGAAUUGGCAUCACAACUCCACGCGCUCAUUCCAGCAGCGAGUGCCCACCAACAGUGGUUAUGCAACAGGAUCUGGACAGCGAUAUGUGACCUGGGACAAUGGUGUCAGCAACUCUGCAGUGAGCCAGGCUUAUGAGCAUGGUGGUCCUCACCUACACCGCAGCAACAACAACAACUCCAGAGAGCUCCAUUCCCCCUCAGAGAGAUGGGCCUCCUCAGAAUGCAGCAGGAGGCUUCCAGGCAGAGUGAUAAACAACAGGCCAGGCCCCUGGAAACGACCAGCCCUCCACCAGCGGCGAGACCAAUUUCACCAGCACAGUCCACCCCCACUGCACCAUUUAUCCCCAAGGGAAGAGUGUCCUGCCAAGCGGAGAAGGGACUCUGGUCCUGAUCAGUCAUCUCAUCCUGGAUCAAGACAUUUACCUUUACUUGCCCCAUCACCACCUCGUCGCCACCGCAGUCACCAAGAUAACUGGAAGCCUCUUAACGACAGGACGGGUCCUUGCCACCACUCUGACCACAGGACCUCAACUCGCACACAGCAACAGGACACCUCGAAACCACGAGCAGGAGGACAUGGCUUCAGCAACAAUAACCUGGCAGCUUCGAACCAGAAUUGUGGCAGCAGACCGCCUCAUCACGGAAGCAGAGGAAAGGUUGAGCGGAAAAUCCCGUCUUCACCAGCAGACCACACCCGUGUGCCUUACAGCCACCAAAACCAUCAUUACCACUACCAACGGCACACAGGCCACCCCAGAUCCCCUCAGCACAACCUGCCACUACACCCUCCAGAGGAAAAGGACUCACGCAGCUAUCACCACAAACAAAGCACAGAACCUCAACAUAUUCAUCAAAGAAGCAUGUCAAGGGAUCCAGCCCUUUCCCGUUCUUCUGCUGCAGGCUCUCCUCCCUUGACAUCCCUUCACUGCAUACCUAAAGAUGGAGCUUCCACUGCCAGCAGUCCAGGUGCUCCCCCCAGUUAUUCCUCAUACAAUGUAGCCACUGGAAGGAAAGAUCCAUCGCUCAUAUGUGAGAGUAGUCCUGGCCUCAGUGGACAGCAUCAACUCCAGGGAAACUCCCCUCACAGCCCAAACAGUCCAGAAAUCAGGUUUUCAGAAAGCAAGUACAGAAAGACUCCACAACCCCUCUGCUCCCAACAGUUCCACCACAACCGAUCGAGAGCAAAUAAACUUGACAAGGGCCUGGAAGACCACAAAAGGCCUGACUGCAAAGAAAAAGACAAGCUGGGGAAAAGGGAGAGAAAGGGAGAUGUUCAAAAGACCAGCAGAAACGGCGAAGAAAGAAAACAGCGGAAGAAGAAAAGAGACAAGGCAGUUAAAAAAGAAAGAAAGUUAGGCUUGAAAAUCACAAAGAAGGACGUGUCCAGCCCUGUCUCUGCCUCCAGCUCUUCAGGAGAGGUCAAAGUGAGUCUGACCCUGGAGAGUCCCAGCCAGUCAGCACCCAAACACAAGCACAGGGCGAGGAGUGAACGAGCAGAGGGCAUACGCAGACCGCUUGAAAAGACGCCGCAUCCGAGCUGCACUUCACCUCAGCCUUCCUCCAAAUCUGAAAAACACAAAACAGUCAAAAGCAAGAAGAAUAGCAGUACCCACAAACUCUUUAAGAAUCGACCGGUGAAGUCUUCUCACUGGGACGCCAGCCCCAACCACAUCGGCAAGAAUCUGACCCCUGCCUCAUCCUAUUCAGGAGACAGACCAAAAGAUACACUCCCCUCACUUUUAAUUCAAGCCUUAGCACCUCUCAGUGAAGCCUGCUCUGUUAGCUUAGAGCAGCCUGUCCAAGGCAAAGACACUAGGCAGGGAGGAGUUCUCACUGCUCCGGACCUCCAGCCUGUGGCUGUGAUGGGAAAUAUGCUUGAAAUGGGAGACAACCUUUCAAACACUCCUCCUGUUCUGAGCUGGCAGGGCUCUCCUGUGUCAGUUUUGGGAGAGGAUGAGGACGAGUUGGAGAAGGGAGUGAUAAGUAGACCUGUCCUUCAGCCCAGCCCCACACAGUGUUUUUCUCCUCCUCCUCCUGAAGACAACACGAGCAAUGACGAUAUGGAAAAGGAGCCUAGCGAAAUGAUAGAAACUGAUAAAAAUUACAAGUCUGAAUUCUGCGAAUUGCCUUGUACAACCAAAGUUGCUGAGGAAGAAACAAAAGAAAGUGUGGACCCAAGUGAUGAAAAUUCUGGCUCUCUGCUUAGUGAAGUAAGUCACGAGGAAGCAGGGUUUGACAAAGUCUUCAAGAGUCUGGCUUCCUUUCUCGGAGGCAAGAGGGUCUCAUGUCGAGGUGGUCCAUUUGGUGGGCCUCCGGACAGCACAGCAGGAGGGGUCAAGUACUCUUCUUCUCUUGUUAUUGGGCCAGAGAUCAGCUCUAAUGAGCAUCAUGAUUUCUCCUGCAAUUCAAAUCCCACCACGUCGUCCAGCCCUAGUGUUCAAUCACCAACUCAGGCUACAUCAGACACACUUUUGAAAUCCCAGAUUUCAACAGAGCUGAGUGAGUCCGUCACUAACUCUCUGGUGCAGGAGAUGCCGGAAGAAACUGAGAAUAAUAUGAAAGUAAAACAGGAGGAUAAGGAUACAGAGGUCCUCCCAGAGAGAACUGAGUCAUCCUUCUUGGAUGGGUCACUGAGUGCAGAGCUGAGGCUGACCACCACUGACUCGGCCUCAUUCACAGAGCUCAUCAAGGUUUCCACCAAGGAAGAUAAAAAACACAGCAAAAAGCAAAAAUCAAAAAGAUGUGCAAAGAGAAAAAGAAAACAAGCGGAUGGAGGGAGAGAAAGGAAGAUCAACGUUAAGAUAAAGACGGAGGAACGCAGCGUCAUCUGUCCCAGAAACAAAGUGAAAGAUGUAAAGGAUUCAGAGGAAAAAGACAUUUCAUCUUCAGAACCAGUCAUCUCUAAAAGCUCACCCAGACCUCUCAAAAACAAUGUGAAGCGCCAGACUUCUCAGGGAAAUCACUCUCCCCAUGGCAAGGACAUCCAGAGAAAGAAGAAGGACACUGGGAAUGCUGAGGUAACGACCAAGAAGGAGGAUGCAGUUACGGAAUUAGAAAAUGAGAUAUCAGCAGCAGCUACAAACACAAAUGCAAGGACUUCCAAAGCAGCGUCAACUGUAACAAUCAACACGUCCACAUUAAGUGUCUCUACACCAGCAAAGAAAUCUCCCAGCUCGUCGCUACCCGUCGAUCCACUGAAACUGAAAGCGUUGUCCAUGGGCUUGUGCAAGGAGCUAAAGAUCCUGCUGAUUAAAGUGGAGAGUGCCGGAAGACAUACGUUCAACAUAUCAGAGGUGGAGGAGAAACAAGUCCCGCUUUCCACGAUCGACAUCAACAACACGGCGACAGAAGUGAUCAGGGCUUGCAAGUGGACAAGGGUGAAAGGGAAAUUCAAGGAGUCGCACCUGCUCCCCACUCUCUCAGUCAAACCUAACAUUGACAUCAAGAUACCCAUUCCUCGUGACAAACUCAACCCGCCUACACCGAGUAUCUAUUUGGAGAGCAAGAGAGAUGCCUUCUCCCCAGUUCUGCUUCAGUUCUGCUGUGAUCCGAAAAAUGCUGUCACUGUCAUCAGAGGCCUUGCUGGCUCCCUCCGCCUUAACCUUGGCCUGUUCUCCACCAAAUCCCUGGUGGAGGCCAAUGCGGACCACGCGGUGGAAGUGAGGACUCAGGUUCAGCAGCCCGCCGAUGAGAACUGGGACCACAGUGGUUCGGCGCAGACAUGGCCCUGUGAAAGCAGUCGCUCCCACACUACUGUUGCCAAAUACGCCCAGUACCAGGCCUCCAGCUUCCAGGAGAGCUUGGAGGAGGAGAAGGAGAGUGAGAAUGAGGAAGACGGAGAGCAAACCAAGACCUCAGACCCAUCAGCCACCUCCAAAGCUGUUCUGUGGUUAGCCAACACUAAAGGCAGUUCUUCUCCCAUACACAGUAAAGCCCACUCUCUUCAGUCCGGCAGCACACCCAGCUCAGACCAGAAAAUGGUUGGAAAGAUCAUUAAAUUUGGGACCAAUAUCGAUCUCUCAGACCCAAAGAGGUGGAAACCCCAGCUACAGGAGCUGCUCAAACUGCCAUCGUUCAUGCGAGUGGAAUCAAGCAACAACAUGCUCAGCCAUGUCGGCCACACUAUCCUGGGCAUGAACACUGUCCAGCUCUACAUGAAGGUGCCAGGCAGCCGCACCCCAGGUCACCAAGAGAACAACAAUUUCUGCUCCGUCAACGUCAACAUCGGACCCGGUGACUGCGAGUGGUUUGCUGUCCACGAGCACUACUGGGACGAAAUCAACAAAUUCUGUGAGCGGCAUAAAGUAGACUACCUCACAGGGUCCUGGUGGCCAGUCCUGGAAGACCUCUACAGCUCCAACAUCCCCGUGUACCGCUUUAUCCAGAGGCCGGGUGACCUGGUGUGGAUCAACGCAGGCACCGUGCACUGGGUCCAGGCAGUGGGCUGGUGCAACAACAUCGCUUGGAAUGUGGGACCGCUCAACGCGUACCAGUAUCAACUCGCGUUGGAGCGCUUCGAGUGGAACGAGGUGAAGAAGGUGAAGUCGAUUGUUCCCAUGAUCCAUGUUUCCUGGAACGUUGCUCGCACCAUCAAGAUCAUGGAUCUGGAUACGUUCAAGAUGAUCAAACACUGCCUGAUGCAGUCCAUCAAGCACAUCCAGAUUCUGAGAGACCAGCUGGUAGCUGCAGGGAAGAAGAUCAGCUACCAGGGCCGUGUGAAAGAUGAGCCAGCCUACUACUGUAAUGAGUGUGACGUGGAGGUGUUUGACCUGCUGUUUGUGACCAGUGAGAACAGCAGUAAGAAGACGUACGUGGUGCACUGUGAGGACUGUGCCCGAGCCAAGAGUCACUCUCUGGCUGGAGUAGUGGUGCUGGAACAGUAUCGGAUGGAGGAGCUGAUGAGAACCUACGACAGCUUCACUCUGGCUCCGUCACCCGUUUCAAAGUGAGGACUCCUCUGUGGUUUCUUUCAGCCAUAACCAAAACUCUAAUGGCAGCACAACUGUUGUCUCUUUAAGGCAAUCUAUUCCUGCGAACACUUUCUGAAUCAGCCAACCAUGUUUACUCAGUAUUGUUUACAUCACACAAUAAGGUAUGGAUACUCAGCCAAUCCAACUAUAGCUCACUGUCUUCCCCAUACCAGCUGCUGAUUGGACGUGUGUUUAGAAAUAGAAUGACUAGACUGGUACUUCUCAUGAAAAGCAUUUCAGAUGUGUACAAAACACACACAGACACACACACACACACACACACAUAUAUAAUGUGAGCACUGCUAACACUGAAAAUCAGGUUAUAUAUAUUUAUCGGACACUGCUGUGAUUCAAAAGCGUCAAGUAGCCAGUUCUGUGUAUUCAUUCAGGUACUUUUAUGCAAAAUCGGUAGAACUUUUUUACACCAAUCUAGUUAUUCUAUAUGUCCAUGAAUUUGCUGUGAUUCUAUUGAACCAGCAGGGGAAUUUCUUCACAGGAGAAGUAGCUGAUUGUCACAUUUGGCAUUGUAUUAAUUCCUGUUUUUGUUUUUUUAUUAUUCAGGUGAAACUCUUGACAUGUGUAACUCCUGUCUGUAAACUCUUUGAGGUGCUAUUCCAGUUUUUAUUUAUUCUUCUUAUUAGAUACUUUAAAAAAAAAAAAAAAUGUUUUACCAGCCUAGAAGUACACCAUAUUGGCCUUGUGAACUGUAUUCAGAAGAGAGGUAAUUAGAGGAUUAAACACAGACAAAAAAAGGUGUUAUUUAAGUAUUCAAAAACAAAAACUAAUCAAAAACUUUUUUCCAGUUUCUCUAAAAUACGGGUUUACUAGAGGACUAAUAUGAUUUCAUUCUUAGUUGGGAAUUUAUUAUCCGUUUUUCACAGGUCCCGCUGAAUAGUCGUUGUUGUUGUUACUAUGAUACACUCAGAAAGCAGACUUAGUGUUGUUUUUUUAUUGUUGAAAUAGGAAAACAAUGUGUUUUUAUACCUCGAUUGUUUCAAUGUUCUCGUUUCCAGACGGCAGAGAAAAUAAAUAAUUGUAAAUUGUGAAUGAAUUUAUGGAACGCGUGGUGUGCAUAGAUGGAUAGAUAGGGUUCGUAGGGGGAGGUUAUUCAUUGUGUUUCAAAAAUCCUGCUGUGAGGCUUAGCUCCAUACACUGCCAGUGGGUUUAAUAUGAUCUAUCAAAUUGUUUUAUUGUCUUUUUUUAUUAUUAGAAUUUUACACAGUCAGUCAAAAUGAAAGCUUUUAAUUUAGUCCAGAUGUUGGCUAAUGCAUUAUAGCAUGAGUUGAAUUGGUGGAUUUACAAACCUUGCAUUUUCGUUACACUGCUCUAAAGACUACAAAAAUAUCAGUUCUUUUUAUAUAAAUACAUUUCUGAAGAUUUAUGACCAGCAUUCUUACAAACAAAGCUGGAAAACCACUGCCCCCUGGUGGAAAAACAACAUAAAUGUAAAUGUGACACUGAUUCCAAAUGACCACUGACAUUGUUUGACUUUUUUUACGAUUUACCGACCAGAAAUAAUCUCAUAUCAGCUGAGCUUUUGGUCCAGGGGCUAUAUGUGUGAAAUGUAUUAUAAUAAGUCAUAAAAAUGACAUGAUGGUAGGUUAUCAGAGAUGAAGGAAACACGAUAAAUUGAAAUAUUGCUUCUUGUUUCCGUGGUUUGCAAACAUAAAUUGGGAUUUUAAACACAUUCAACCCUCUAUUUUUUAGCAUUUCAGUCGGUGUUCCUCGAUGAAGCCAUUCAAAUGAAUGGGAAAUGUAAGAUCUCACCCGUCGCUGAUCCGUGCACACCGUUUCAUGUACAUAUUGUAUCUGUUUUCAUGUUCACCUAGAAGAUUCUUUUCUGAGUCAAAAAAAAAAAUCGAAUUUGUAAAUGGUCAAAUUUGUCCACCUCAGUUGUUUUUUGUUUUUUUUGUUGUUGCUGUAUUAUAACUCACCAGUCAAUGAGAAAUAUUCCGUUUCACUAUGGGAAUGAACGUCUUCCCACUUUUAUACCUCUUUAUUUGUCGUAUGGUUUCUGACACAGAAAAUCUGACACAGAAAAUUGUAAAUUGUGACAUUAUUUAUACUGUACAUUGUUGUUUUCUUAUAUAUUUAUUGCAUUUCAAUAGGUACUUUGCUUGAGAUGGGGCAACAAGGUAUUUUAAAAAAAGUGUGGUGUGGUCAUGAUGUGUGGAUGGGGGAAGUGCAAUCAAGGGGGCGGUUUGAUUAUCAUGGUGCUUGACCCCUCCUUGCCUCAGUGCCCCCUCACUAAACAGCAUAUAAUGAUGUAGAAACAUAAGUAACUGAUUCAGCUCAAGCCAACCAGAUGGUGCUUAGAACCAUUUCCGCAGUUUACUUGUAACCGAAAUGGAAUGAUGUCUUUGUACUGUAUCAAACAGAUGAAUAAAAAGAACCUGUUUUUUUGUUUUUUACUUUAUUUCCAUUGUAUGAAAUCCAUAACCUGGUGGAGCAUUAGUGGUUUUAUGUAGUUGUAAUUUUGCAGAGACUUUUAGGGAUGUGACUAUUUUCGGCGUCGGGUGGGAUUUGGGUUUGUUGUGUCUUGUCCUCUGUUAUUAUUUGAAGGAUGUAAUAAUGCUCUUUUUUUCCCCUCUUGUUUUGAUUUAUGCUGCACUUAUUGUUUCACAUAGAAGAAAAACCUGAGCCAGACCUGUCUUAAAUUGUAUUGUUGUUCAAGAAAAUAAAAAUGUUUUGAUAAAUUA